AUGCGUAUAUCCUUCAAGUUGGUUUGCACGUUAUUGUGCUCUGGAGCUGCUGUGAGCGCGCAGUCACCAACAGUGAAUUUGGGGUAUGCGACAUAUCAAGGAACGACCUCUGGUGGAAUCAAUAGGUUCUUGGGCAUGAGAUAUGCCGCAGCUCCGUCAGGAAGUUUGAGAUGGAAAGCCCCAACAGCUCCUCCUACAGUGUCUGGAGUCCAACAGGCCACUCAGUUUGGGAACCUUUGUAUGGCCACCAACGCGGGGCCAUCGCCACAGGGCCAGAGCGAGGACUGCCUCUUCGUCAACGUUUGGGCGCCUUCAGGUGCUGGCCCCAACUCCAAGCUCCCCGUAUGGGUUUUCAUUCAAGGCGGAGGCUUUGAGAGCUUGGCUUCUGCAGGAACAGAUGGUAGUGGAGCGGUGGCCAACUCGGGAAACAAAAUUGUCUUGGUGACCAUGAAUUACCGAGUGGGAAUCUUUGGGUUCCUUGCCAGUUCGCAGAUUCAGGCCAAUGGAGUAGCGAAUGCUGGCCUGUAUGACCAGCAAGCUGCCCUGCAGUGGGUACAGCAGCACAUUGCUCAGUUUGGGGGUGAUCCGACUCAUGUCAUCAUCCAUGGACAGAGCGCUGGUGCAGAGGCCGCGUCGUUGCAACUUGUUUCGUUUGGAGGUAAAAACCAAGGGCUUUUCGCAGGGGCCAUGUUUGAGUCCCUUCCUGAAAUCACCCAGCCAAAGGUGUCGGAGAUUCAGUUCCAGUACGAUGCUCUUGUUGGCAACGCUGGAUGCAGCUCCAGCUCUGACUCACUCUCUUGUCUUCGUGGCCUCAGCACCACAGCUUUGCAGCGGUUCAACGUACCGAUUGUCUAUCCUGGCCGACCAAAUGCUCCGAAUUACCCGUAUGUACCCUGCGUUGAUGGUGUGUUCCUGCAAACUGGCGCAUAUGAGGCCUUCCAAGCAGGCAAGUUCAUCAAGGUUCCCAUGUUCUUUGGAAGCGUCACAGAUGAAGGGACAACCUUGGGCGCCCCCAACGCGGCAUCACCAAGCGAUAUUCAGACCUUCUUCCAGAACAAUUACCCUCGUUUGACGAGCCAGAAUACGUCUGCAAUCAUCCAGCAGUAUCCACAGAACAUACAGCCUCCAUUCAAUGGCCAUGCUGCCUGGUUCCCAGCUGCGGAGCUUGCGUAUGGAGACGUACUCGUCACUUGCCACGGGCUCAACUUUGGUAAAUAUUUCGUACAAGCCGGGCUGCCAAUCUGGACAUACCGCUUCAAUGUGUUGACCCAGAACAAUAUUGCAAGCGGAGUCGGUGUCCCUCAUGGAUUUGAUCUGGGUGCAGUUUUUGGAGGUGGCUAUGACAACUCUGACCAGACCAACGUGGCCCGUUUGCAAGGCUACUACAUAUCCUUUGUCCGGUCGCUAAACCCCAACACAUUUGCUUUUUCUGGAUCGACGUCAUGGCCGCAGUGGAACGGACAGGCAGGAGGGCAGAGGCUGGUGAUCAACAACAACAACACGGUUGUUGAGGCUGUCCCGCAAGCUCAGAUGAGCCGGUGCGCCUUUUGGGAGAGCUUGGCAACACAAUUGGAAAUUUAG